GUGUGUCUGUCUCUGUGUGUAUUGUGAGGUGAUAGUCAGACGGUCUCGCGCCGCUCAUUGGCAGAGAAUCUCACGCGCACAGUUUAGUGGAGCGCGCGUCGGUGCUGGUGUGCGCGCGCGGGUUCGGUGCGGAUGGACGCGGCGGUGCUGAUGCCGGACGUGCGCGCGGAGCUGGAGGUCCAGAAGCUGCAGGAGCUCGUGCGAAAACUCGAACGGCAAAACGAGCAGCUUCGCAGCCGCGCGAAUAUCGCGCCGCCCGCGAGCUCCUGCUGCGUCCCGAGUCCGGCAUCGAACCUCGCAUAUCACUAUUUCCCUCCGGAUGAUCCGUUUUCGUAUUUCCAGCCGCAUUCCGCCGCGGAGGAGGAUGACGAGCCCCGCGCGCUUCUGGACCAAUUGGAGAUUCUGGACCUGGAUAUCAUCUUCCCGAGCUAUGAGGAGUCUGAGGAGACCUGGCUCUAUGUGUCCCCGAGGUCUCUGUGGUCCGGUGAAGUUUCGAGCGCUCUGGAUUGGUGUCGACGGGUUCUCGAUCAGCAGCGGUCAGAUGUGAAUACCAGGAAACAAACACUGCAGUCCGUGAACAGAUGGAGGUCAGGUUUGUCCCCUGCUUAUCCUCGUGCUCGUGUAGUUGGAGUUUCUCCUCUCUGCACCUCCUCUAAACCCUCCACACCUGACUCCUGUACAGCAGGUGGUGUUAGACGCGCUCCUCUCAGUCAGGUGUCUCCAGAUGUCAGCGUGAUGUCUGAUGAUGAUUCUCUUAGUUUGAGUUAUAAACUGCAGGAUCUCACUGAUGUUCAGGUGAUGGCUCGACUGCAGGAAGAGAGUCUGCGUCAAGAUUUCACCACCACCACCUCAUCCUCGUCUUCUCACAAUCGUCGCAGUGCCAGCUUUUCCUUCCAGUUUGUCCAGCGAGCCGAGUCACACGAGGAAGAAGAGGAUGAUGAUGAAGAUUACGAUCAGUUGCCCCCUCCACAGCCGCGUCUGAGUCGGGCCGGAUCUCUUCGGCACUCGCACACCUUCAGCGGCGUCAGGGACUGGAGGGGACCGCAGUACACCGCCAUCUCACCUUACCAACCUCAAUCUGCCUCAAACACGAGCGCCACAUCCUCCAGCGAGCAGACGGACCUCAGGAUCUCCUCAGAUAAGCUGAGGAGGAGUUUGCCAAAUCUCCUGAGAUCUCCGAGCGUCUCCAGCAUCUCAAUCCCUGUCAGUCAAAUAUCUUCAUCCAUCAGGAACAGUCAGAGCUUUGAUUCAUCUGUUGCACUGGGACGACUUCAGACCGCCAUGUCGUCUCCCGGGCAGCUGCGGCAUCGCGUUCAAAGCGUUGGAAACUUCUCAUCUCGUCCAUCUCUGAAGGCCACAGCUUACGUCAGCCCAACGGUAAAGGGUUCUUCAUCCAUGACAUCAUCACUCAGUUUACAAUCUCUCUCCACCGCUGGGAGUCCACAGCCCAGUAAAGCGGGCGGCUCUCAGAUCCCAGCACGCAGUGCUCUGCCGCGGCCGGCGUCUUUCGUAUCGACCGCCUCGACCCCUCGCAGCAAACUCGCUACACCCGUACGCAGUUUGCUGACACCACCAAAGAGUCUGAUGACGCUGAGCGCUCUGCGUGAUGGGAGCUGGCGUGAUGGAUGUUACUAACCGGUCUGAGAGAGAUGUAGGUCAGGGUUUAACUACUGAAGCAAUGAAGCGACGUGUAAACGGGACGUGUUAAGAAUUGCCCUGCUGGUUAGGGCGUCUCUCUUUCUCACUCACCAAGUGUUCUUGAGAUCAGAGUUAAAUAACCAGGAGUGACGUCCAUUCAGUUAUUUACCAGAGCUUCCUCUUAAUGUGAACAAUGAGUGUGAAUGAAGAUCUGUCAGAAAACCUUUGAGUGAUUUGGGCAUAAAAACGCUUUCAUGCUGCUGAAAUAAAACAACUUGAAAUGUUAUUUAAAUACAGUUUUUGUCAUUCAAAAGGUUUUAACCAAAUUUCAUCAGGUUUUUAACUCUUUACAGGUAAAUAACUCUUUAGAUGUGGAUGUGUUUAUACCUUUAAUUUAAUAAUAAUAAUAAUAACAACCCUUUUUAUAGACAUACACUUAACAUUUACUCUUGUGUAUAUGGACCAAGUAUUGUGUUUUUAUUCCGCUGAACUUUAGAUUGUUGUAUUUAUUUAAUGUCUUGUAUGUUUUCUUUCUUGAAUAAUGGCCACAGAUGUAGCAGAUUACUUUAAGUUAUGUUUGUUAUUUUGUUUCUGGGUUUAUUUCCAUAUGUUAUAAAUGUGUACACGACAGGUUAUUUCUGUAAGUAAGAAUUUUCUUUCUCUUUGAUAUUUGAAUGAGUGUGUCAGUAUUUACAGUCAUAAUAAUGUUUUAUUUGUAUUGACAGUCUGUGUGUUUAAACACUUCAAUACUUUCUCAAUCUACUGGACUCUACUAGUGUCAACUACUAACCAAUACUAAUUAAUCCAUUAAUCUGCUGCUGGUUGACUUCUGUACUGUAUGUAUGACAUAUUUUUAUUGAUACACGGUGAUAUAAAGGAAAAGCUCCAGUGAAUCCCACACAUAUGAUGAAAUGUACAUUGCACUGUAAGUCACUUUAGACGAAAUCUUCUGCGAAAUGUAAAAAUGACUUUCUGUAUUUUAUAGUUUCUUAACAUUAUUCAAACCUUGUCUAGUUGGAUGAUCAAGACUGAAUUGUUUGAAUGCAUUUUUUUGCUGUUGUUUUGUUUAAUUAUUUAUUGUGAUGUAAUUUAUGAAUGUUUAGUGACGUUUAAUUAAAAGGUUUUCCUCUGGGAAUUAAUAAAGCCUCUCACCUCACAACCUUUCUUUAUUUUCUUCCAAUUUGGGUUGACUUUAAAAACUAAAAAGGAAAUUUCGUCAGCACUUAGUCACAAUCACACGCAAACUCUGAAUACAUGAAAGAUAAUCGCAUAAAUACAUGAAAAAAAAUUUACUUCCCAUACCGGGAGUCGAACCCGGGCCGCCUGGGUGAAAACCAGGAAUCCUAACCGCUAGACCAUAUGGGAGGUGUCGAGUGCCAUUACAGCUGCUCGGUAAUUAUUAAUGACAC